GCCUCCGUGUUUGGCGCGCCGAUGACGUCAGAAAAAGGUGCAAAAGCGGCGCUGUCUGUCAUCUUCGGCGUCGCCGCUUGUGCGUGCGCCGUAUGCAGUCUAGUCUGUCAUGUUUGCGUCCCCCGCUUUUGGCUCAGCGUCGCCGCAGAAGGGUGCCGCCGCCACCGCCGCCGCGUGAUUCUUUUUGUUUGGUUUCUUUUCUUCUUCUUCUUCUUCUUCACGCCGAAUGACGGAGCCGGCCGAACAUCGCUGAGCUCCAAGACGCGGACUCGACGAUGCCCGUUUGCCGCAGGCGCCGUCAUCGUGAAAGCGGACACCAACUUGCGGCAGAUGGGGUGACCGACGUGACCGAGCCCGCUGCUCCACCCGGGAGGAGGUGCCAGCUGCCUUCGGACACGGCUGCCGCCGCCGCCGCCUGUGCUCGCUUGUAGGAGGGGAGGGCUGGGGGGGUGUUGGGUUGGGGUGGGGUGGGGGGGCACGGGCACAAGCGAGGAGCGGCAGGAGGGAAGAUGCGGACGGAGGAGAGGGCCGCCGCACGAGAGCCCAUUUUGGAGGAAGGCUCGGGACGAGAGCAGCAACGUCCGAUCCGGCGGUCGGCGGCGGCGUCCCUGUGCCGGGAGUCGCACUGGAAGUGCCUGCUCCUGAGCCUCCUGAUGUACGGCUGCUUCGCCACGCUGAUCUGGUGCGCCCUGUGCCGCGUGCCCGUGCUCAGCUCCUCGCCGGUGCGCGUGGCUGCCGCUGCCGGCGCCAGCAACUCCACCACCUCGACCGCCUACUACAGUGACGUGCGACGCCUGGAGAGCCCGUGCUCCGGCGGCUACCUCUACAUCCCGCUGGCCUUCCUGGCCAUGCUCUAUGUGGUCUACCUGGUGGAGUGUUGGCACUGCUUCUCCAAGACGGCUGUGUUGGCGCACGCUGAAUUCCAGGACGUGUACGAGCGCGUGCAGCGGCUCCAGCAGGCCACGCCCUGCAUUUGGUGGAAGGCCAUCAGCUACCAUUACGUGAGGAGGACGAGGCAGGUGACAAGAUACCGCAACGGAGACGCGUACACGACCACGCAGGUCUAUCACGAGCGCGUCAACACUCACGCCUCCAGCUCCGAGUUUGACUACGCCCGCUACGGCGUCAAAGACGUGUCGAAGGAGCUGCUGGAGCUGCAGUUGCACUCGGCGGUUCGCCUCCGCUUCACCAAGUGCUUCAGCUUCUCCAGCGCACGUUCUGAGGCUGCCUAUCUCACCCAGCGAGCACGCUUCUUCGGCGAGAACGAGGGCCUGGACGACUACAUGGAGGCCAGGGAGGGCAUGCACCUGAAGAACGUGGAUUUCCGCGAGCACAUCCUGGCCUUCCCGGACCCCUCGCACCAGCCGUGGUUUUCCAAGUAUUGGGUCUUCUGGCUGGCCUCGGCUUUCCUGCUCUCGUGGCCGCUGCGCGUGCUGUCUGAGUACCGCACGGCCUACGUGCACUACCACGUGGAGAAGCUGUUUGGGGAGGACGAGGAUCCCGGCGGCGGCGGCGGAGGCCAAGGGGAGACGGAGAACGGAGGGGCGGGCAUGGCGGCCAUCCCCUGCAUCGCGGCUCUGAAUGGGUCCAGCUACAGAGCCAUCUCCCGGGUCAACACGGUGGACAUGACAGAACUGGAGUGGCACAUCCGCUGUAACCAACAGAUGGUUCCCAGCUACUCUGAGGCCAUCCUCAUGGACUUGGACAGCGGAGGCAGUGGCAGCGGCAGGACCGACAACUCCGCCGCGUUCACGCCCGUGUCUGGACCCCCGGGCACCACCCCCAACCCGGAGGGGAACCCACCUCCCCUGGCGCUGCCGGUGGUCUUCAACUCCACAUACCUCCUGCAGAGCUGCCCCCGAUGUCGGCGGACCGCGUCCAGCUGCAGUCUGCCCUCCCGACUGAGGGCGCCCACGGGAACCGCCGCCCUGCUCAAUGCCACCGUGGCCGCUUUGAGGGCGGCCGGGCACGGCGGCCCGCCGGGCCGGCUGGUGCUCAGUCGAAGCGGAUUCUCCCUGGGUAGGCUCGGAGGAGGGAGGCGGAGCAGCCUCCUUCAUUCCUCCCGCAGCAUGGGAGGAGGCCCGGCGGGGAGUCGGGAGGACGGCGGCGGCGGCUCUUUCCCAGGCUUGGGAUCCCGGCAGGACGACGAGGAGAGCCGAGGUGUGCUGCAGGCGGAAGGCGAUGACCAAGACGAGCGGGAGGCGGACGAGGGGAGGGGCGAGGACGGCCGCAGCCAGAGGGCCGGGCGAGACGGAGGAGGCCUGCUCCGGAGGGAUCGCCCGCCUUCCUACCAGGAUGCCUUCUUCUUCCCUGUGCUCAUUGUCCACGGUGAUGAAAGCUGCCAUGCCGGGGAGCGCCUCUGAACACGCAACGCAGGCUGGCUUUGGACUCGCCCACAGUCUGCCCAAAGUCACCGCUCCGGACUUGCCAUUCGUUGACCCCCCCCCCCUCGUAGAUGCCGCCGAAAAAGGGCUUCUCUAUCGGACGGACAGAGCAGCGCUCUUUAUCUUAGGCAUGGUUUCACUUGAGCACAAAAUCUGUUGCCCCGCCCCAAACCUUUGCCAGUGCAGCGAGCGAAGACGGACGGAAGCUGGCUUCUGGAUCAAUCUAUGCAAGAGCGGGAGGAGGAGGAUAGGGGAGGAGCAGGAUAGGGGAGCCGCAACGAUAUUGCCUCACCUGGCCUGGAGUCCAGAUCUUCCGCACAGCAGCGCACCCACACAUCCAGGCAGGCAGGCACGCCUUUGUGGAACACCUGAGCGUCUUCCGCAGCACUCUAGUGCGAGCACAUCACCUGCUACGAGCACAUCAGCUGCUGCAAGCGAGGCCCUUCCCUCCCUCCCUCCCUCCCUCCCUCCCUCCGCAGGUACGGCGAGCACACGUGAAUGAAGAUGGCCUCAAAUCAGCCACGAUGACAUGAAAUCGGACAUAAAAGUCAAACCGGCGAGUAUUUUAUCUAUCUAUUCAUCUAGUAUGUAUGGAUUUGUUUCAUUAUUGUUCCUUUGAUUUGAUUGUACGGACGGAACGCACUUGGGCAAUAAUCUCUCUCUCUCUCUCUCUC